UCUCUCUUCGCCGGCCCGGCCGCUGUUUCUCGGCCAAGGGCCAGGCCCCGUAAACACGGCGCAACGCCAGAAUUCUGCGCGCACGCGGAAGGCACUCCAUCGCGGCGAGGCCGCUGAUACCUGGGUUUGGAGGGGAUGAAAGACAACGGAGCCGGCGGGUUGCAGGCCCCUGGAGUGCCGCCCCCGCUCCAGUUAGACGCCGUUCAGCCGGCACGGUUGGCGCCGGCCGCCUCGGCCGCCUCGGAGCCGAAAGCAGGGAGCAGCCAGACAUCGGAAUGGAACACCAAGAACCUGGCACUACGGCUCGGCGCCGACCUUGUCAGCGCCGCCUCGGCUGCCGUGCUUGUUGCCCCCAUAAUAUCCAUCAUUGACCGCUCGAUCAUGGAAAACGCCUCCGGCCGCCGACCGCUCAUCGACUCUGUCGGAGCCUCCCUGCGCACCCUGUUCCUCCACCCGCAGCGCCUCAUCUUCUCCAAGCCCUUCGCCCUCAUCUUCGCCCUCUACGGCGGCACCUACCUGACCGCCAACACGCUCGACACGGCCACCUCGACGGCGCGCCGCCUCCCCGCGACCCACGUCAGCUCGGGCACGGCCAAGUUCGCGGCCUCCUCCGCCGCCAACAUCGGCCUGUGCAUCUACAAGGACCAGGUGUUCGUGCGCCUGUUCGGCCCGCCCGGCGUCGCGCCCCGGCCCGUCGCCCUGCCGAGCUACCUGCUCUUCGCCGCGCGCGACUGCCUGACCAUCUUCGCCUCCUUCAACGUGCCGCCGCUGCUGGGGCCCGCCCUGUCGCGCCGCCUCGGCGACGAGGUCCAGCGCCGCGUGUCCGGCCAGACCCUGGCCCAGUUCGCCGCCCCCGCCGCCGUCCAACUGGUCAGCACGCCCGUGCACCUGCUCGGCCUCGACAUCUACAACCGGCCCGCCGUGGCAGGCUGGCGGGAGCGCUGGGCUGCCGUGGCCAAGAACUGGGCCGUCAGCACCGCCGCGAGGGUGUGUCGCAUCGUGCCCGCGUUCGGCGCUGGCGGGGUCGUUAAUGUCAAGGUCAGGAGGGCGCUGAUGGAGAGGUUGACCUGAGGCGUAUGUCUGAGCUGUGUUUGCGCUGUGUGAUGUCUCUUGGCUUCUCCGUAUUCUGUUUCUGGAGUGUGUGUGUUUAUCUGGCAUGCUGGCCGGCGGGCGUUGAGGGUGCCGAGUUUCGGCUGUGAUACAGGUGUUGAUACCACGGGUCCCAUUAGAUGGCGGUCAU